CGCCCACGGCACACCGAGUGAAUGUUCCCCACGGUUAGAUCCGACUGCAGUUGUUUAACCGACCGCGAGCAUUCUGCUUCCCCAGGUGGCAGUAACAGCAGGUGUAGGCGUCCAUGUCGGGCGUCAUGGGCAGACACGGUGCAGGCGAAGGUCACGGGGAGGGCUCUUUCGUCGCGUGAAUGCUCCUCGUCUCCCCGCUGAGACGGCACUCGGGCGCCGUCUGUGUCUCUCGAAGAAGAAGACGACGUUGAGAGAGAAGCGUCUGAAGAGACAUUGUCCACAGAGCUGCCCGGCGGUGGGUGGGUGUGGUGGUUGGUGGUGGUGGCCAGGACGCCAUGAAGCGGAUGGUGGUGGUGGUGGUUUGCUUGCUGCUGGCUGCCGCUACCUCUCUGCAGGCAAGGGGCCCCCCUCCGUCUCAUCCUCCGUCUCAUUCUCCGCCUCUUCCCUGGACCCCUGAGCGAUGGAGCAGCACAACCCCUCAAAAGCAGAACGAGAGCAUUGGGGGCUCGACACCCCCCUCGGAGGAAGAGGAGGAGCAUCGAGGCGGUGAGUUUGAAGACCUCGUGACCUGCUGCAACCUCUCCCCACAACAAGACCAUCAUCCAUCCUUGAGCUACAACACGACCAACUGUGCGCUGGAGUGCAGCCUGGAGGAUUCGCGUGGGUGGUGCGGCUGGGAAGGGGGCCAGUCCAAGGAGAGCUUCGCCUGGACCAGGGAGACGUGGGACCAGCUCGGCCCCCGCGUGCGCAACAUGAGCCCUCUGCUGGACCACACCACCAACUCGAGCGCAGGCCACAUGCUGGUGGUGAUCAUGAACGGGACCUCCGGCAAUCGGGUGGCAGAGCUCAGGAGCCCGUGUCUACACGGCGCUGGACCCGACUGCACUGUCUCCUUCUGGUAUUACAGGCACGGGCCCUUUGUAGGCCCCAUGGAGCUGUGGCUGAGCGAGGACAAGAGCGAGACAUUGCUGUGGUACGAGCCGUAUGAGCAGCCUGGCAGCUGGCUCCACGCACAGGUGUGGCUGGGCCGGCGGGCCGGGCCCUUCCGCGUGUCCCUGCGCAAGUUGGAACUCGGGAGGUACGUGGGCGCCACGGCCGUGGACGACCUGGCGCUCGUGGGGUGCGCCCUGCCACCGCCCAAGGCCGAGUGCCCCGCGACGGAGCCGCCGGCGUUCCACUGCUCGCGGAGCGGCGCCUGCGUCGACGCGCGCCUGCGCUGUGACCUCACCGACCACUGCGGUGACGGCUCCGACGAGGAGGACUGCGAUCGGACGCAGCAGUGCGACUUCGAGUCGGGCCUGUGCGACUGGCAGCAGGCGGGCGACGACGAGGACGACUUCGACUGGACGCUGCAGCGCGGCCCCUCGAGCACACCGCUCACGGGGCCCUACACGGACCACACGCUCGGCACCGGCGCCGGCACCUACCUCUACAUCGAGGCCUCUGAGCCCCAGGCGUUUGGCGACCGCGCGGUGCUGAUGAGCCGGGCGUUCGGGCCGGUGUCCGAGUCGGCGGGCUGCUCCCUGCGCCUGCACUACCACAUGUGGGGGCGCAAUGUCUACCGCCUGGCCGUCUACCGCCGCUCGCACCGCAACGGCCGCGGGCAGCUGCUGUGGACGCGCUACGGCAACCGCGGCGACCGCUGGGCGCGCGACAACGUGACGCUCGCCGCCACGCAGCCCUUCCAGGUGCUGAUUGAGGGAGUAGUUGGCGAUGACUACCACAGUGACAUUGCCAUCGAUGACCUGUCCUUCAUCAACUGCCCCCUCUUCGACGGGGAGUUGCCACUGCUCGUGACCCCGACGAACCCCGUCGCCUCGUCCACGCUGCUGCCCAACGACUGCUCCGAGGGCGAGUUCGUGUGCCGCUCGGACGCCGCCUGCCUCUCCCCGGGCGCGCGCUGCAACUUCCGCGAAGACUGCGCCGACGGCAGCGACGAGGCUCGCUGCGUGCUGCCGCAGUGCGGGUUCACCGAUGGGGUCAUGUGCUUCUGGACCGUCCUCCGGGACAUUGCCGGCGGCGGCAGCAACGAAGAGGAUGGGUUCCGCUGGAGCCUGGGACAGGGAGCAACAGUUUACCCCAUGGAGUCCGGCGACAGACCCACCGUCGACCACACCACGGGCGAUGCGGAGGGCUGGUACCUGUAUGCGGACAGCUCGAGCGGGAAGUUCUGGGAGGCGUCGGACCUCGUGACGCCCACAAUCGGUCGUUCGGGACCGAAUUGUCACCUGGUCUUCUGGUACCACAUGGAGGGAGUGAGCAUCGGCCUGCUGCAGGUGCUCGUGUCCUCCAUGAACGAGACGUACCCUCUGUGGAUGAAGAACGGUGACCAGGGCGCCGGCUGGAGGCACGCGCGGGUGCUCCUGGGCGUGCGCGUCCGCUUCCAGGUCAUCGUGCGCGUGCGGAAGGGCGUGGGCUACCUUGGCGACCUCGCCAUCGACGACUUGGAGUUCUCGGACUGUGCUCCGCCCGAGCCCGGCACGCAGCCCUGCUCGGCGACUGACUUCCCGUGCCACAACGGGCUCUGCGUGCCGGCGAGCAGCCUUUGCGACUUCAACAACGACUGCAUUGACAAUUCAGACGAGACGCCACAGAUCUGCGCGGGCUACCCCGGCCACUGCAACUUCGAGUUCGACCUGUGCACGUGGCGCCAGUGGUACGACGCUGACGACGCCGACUGGACGCUGAGCUCGGGCAGCUCCCCGCUGGGCGGUGGGGGGCCGAUGCCCACGGACCACACGCUGCGCGACCCCCGUGGCCACUACCUCAGCCUAGAGAGCACCUUCCCGCGCCUGCCGGGCCAGCUGGCACGCAUCUCCGUGCCACCCAUCAGCGCCGGCACGCACGAAUGCAAGCUGCUGUUCCACUACUGCAUGCUGGGUAAAGGCGUGGGCUCGCUGCGCAUCUACCGCGCCGAGCUGGCCGGGUGGCUGGUGUCGGCGCUUGACGGGAAGUCGCAGCUCUCCGGCAGAAAGCUGCGCCGGCGGCCCCUCUCCUCCUCCUUCUUCUCGGCCUCCUCUUCCUCCUCCUCGUCCGCGUCCUCCUCGGCCGAAGCCCUCGACGGAGAGGACCUGGAGCUGCUGGUGGAGCAGGACCGCUGGCAGCUGCUCCUCAACCUGACGGACCAGCAGGAGGACGCGGUGUGGCAGCGCGAGGUGGUCAUACUCGACGCGUCGCACCCCUUUUCCGUCAUCAUCGAGGGCCUCGUGGGCACGGGCAGCCGCACGGCCAUCGUCCUCGACGACAUUACCUUCAGCAUGGAGUGCACUCCCGUCGUGGUGCCGCCGAACAACGGCUCCGGCGACCACGACCACUGCGGGCGCGAUCAGCGUCCCUGCGCGACGGACGGCCGGUGCGUGCACGAGGAGCGGCUGUGCGACUUCCAAGCGGACUGCGAGGACGGCUCCGACGAGAGCGAGUGCGGCUCCGCGUGCACCUUCGAGCAGGGCGACACCUGCGGCUGGGAGAACUCGCAGUCCGACUGCUUCAACUGGGUCCUGGGCCACGGCUCCCCGCACGGCCCGCGCCCCCCCGUGGACCACACGCUGGGCUCCGAGCAGGGCCACUUCUUCUUCUUGGAGCCGACGCAGAGCGGGCGGCAGGGCGACAAGGGCCACCUGAAGAGCGGCGAGUUCCACCAGUCGAGCCGCCUCUGCACCCUCUCCUUCUGGUACUACAUGUCCUCCGCCACCUCCGGCGGCCUGCGCGUCAUCGUCAAGACGGAGUACAACCUGAUCGAAAUGUGGAGGAGCCAGCCGAGCGAGCAGGUCGGGGUCUGGCGCCAGGCACUGGUGCCGCUCAAGCGCCUGCGCAACUUCGUGGUCAUCUUGGAGGGAGUGCGCACGCACAACUACGCGGGCGGAACCGCCAUCGACGACAUCGACUUCCUGCACUGCUCGCCCGAGGACGGCGCGGGCUCGUGCCUGCUGAGCACCGACUUCCACUGCGCCAACGGGCAGUGCGUCGAGCCACGCAUCACCUGCGACUACAAGGACGACUGCGGUGACAACUCGGACGAGGUGGACUGCGUGAGCGUUGCCGGCAGCUGCGACUUCAACGAGCGUGGAGGCGAGGAGGCGAACGAUGUGUGGUGCGGCUGGAGGAACAGGGAGGAGGAUAGCGACUUCACCUGGGUACUGGAGCCACGCGGCGUUUCGCACGGAUCGGGUCCAACCGAAGACCAUACUCCCAACUUGAGCGGUGGCUUCCUGCGAGUGGACACGGCGGGGCGCAGCGUGGGCCAGCGCGCCGGCCUUGUGGCGCCCGCCGUCUUCCCCGCGUCCUUCGGCCUGUGCCGCCUGCGCUUCUGGUUCUUCAUGUCGGGCUCUGGGCACAAGGCCGCCCUGAGGGUUUACAGCCAGGGCGAGAGCGGCGCGCCCAUCCUCAUGUUCGUGGCGCGGGGGGACAUGGGCACGCAGUGGAAGUACGCCAACAUCGAGGUGUCGCACUCGGUGCCCUUCCGCGCCGUCUUCGAGGCGGAGACGGGCAGCGAGCAGCCGGUCUCCAUCGCCCUGGACGACGUCUCCUUCACGCCGUCGUGCAACCUCACGGGCGCGAUGUGCCCUGACAACUGGUACUGGUGCGGCGAGCACCAGCGCAUGUGCCUGCCCUCGGAGCUGGUGUGCGACGGGCGGGAGGACUGCCCCGGGGGCAGCGACGAGGAGCGCUGCCCCACGCCGAGCCUGGACACGGGUUGCCCCCCGUCCACGUUCCUGUGCGGGAACGACUCCUGCGCCCCCGCGGCCCCCAUUUGUUACGACGCGGCCGACUGCCUCGUCGGCCAAGGGGACGCGUUGGACUGCUGGUGUUGGGACGUGGACUGCAGGAACGAGGGAGUCUGCGUUUUGAACGGAACAACUGGAAUAUGCCGUUGCGCGCAAGGAUGGCAGGGAGCGCACUGCCUGCUUCCGGACGCGGUGCACCCCUCGGUCAGACCUUCCCGCCAGAACCCCGCGUACUCCAUCGAAGUGUGGGCCGCCGUGGUGAUCGCCGCGGCUCUGCUGCUGCCCCUCGUGCUCCUCGCCGCCUUCAUCCAGCAGCGGCGUCGCCUGCAGACACUAUCCAAACUCGACGAUGAUUCCUUCCCGAUCAUAAAACCAGACGCUUGGCCAAAGUCAGACCUCGCCAAACUCGCCCGAUCACGGCGGCGCGGCACGCAGCCCUCGUCCUUCUGCAACCCGCUCUAUCGCCGCCACUCGGACCCGACAGUGGGCACGGUCCCCGUGGGCCUGCCCGCGACGUCCCGUGGGCGUCCCGACCGCUAUGCGCAGCUUUGCACGCUGCGCCAGGUCGGGUGGCCUCACGGGGAGUCCCACCUCUAGCUGGGGAGGAGUCCGGUUGCCACCUUAUCCGAGUUUUCCCAGGGUCGUCCUCUUUUAAUUUGUUUUUUUUUUGGUUCAGGUAGCUGCUGUCCUGGGAAAUGUGGAAGUCUUCCCGGGACAGUAUUAAUGACGUCCCUUGGUUGUGUUUUUUUUUGUUUGAGCCAUUUGCGAAAUAAUGAACCACCCAUUACAUUGAGUCCUCUCAUGCUUCCGGGUGUUGUGAGAUGUUUUCCUUCUCCAUGCUGCGUCCUGGUACUCUUGGCAGCCCCGAGGUGGCAACCCCUCGUCUCAAUUAGGCGUCUUCCUGGCGCCAUCGGUGCUCCCUUCGUCUUCUCUCCACCCUCGGAGUCAGGUUAAGGGGUUGGGUUUAUGUGUCUGGUUAAGCACUCUGGUUAAGGCGUCUGGUUAAGUGGUCAGGUUAAACGGUCAGGUGAAGGGGUUAGGUUAAGGGGUCGGGUUAAGUGGUCGGUUUAAGCGGUCAGGUUAAGUGAUCAUGUUAAGGGGUCAGGUUUGGGGUCAAGUUAAGGGGUCGGGCACGCCUUUGCGAGACCACGCACGCAGAUGUAGGGUUGAAGGGGACCAUCGCGGGUGUAGAUGUGAGUGAGGCCCACUGGAGUUGAGAUGUGAGUGAGGCCCACUGGAGCCGAGAUGUGAGUGAGGCCCACUGGAGUUGAGAUGUGAGUGAGUCCCACUGGAGUUGAGAUGUGAGUGAGGCCCACUGGAGCCGAGAUGUGAGUGAGACCCACUGAGCUGAGAUGUGAGUGAGUCCCACUGGAGUUGAGAUGUGAGGCCCACUGGAGUUGAGAUGUGAGUGAGACCCACUGGAGUUGAGAUGUGAGUGAGGCCCACUGGAGUUGAGAUGUGAGUGAGUCCCACCGGAGUUGAGAUGUGAGUGAGUCCCACUGGAGUUGAGAAGUGAGUGAGUCCCACUGGAGUUGAGAUGUGAGUGAGUCCCACCGGAGUUGAGAUGAGAGUGAGGCCCACUGGAGUUGAGAAGUGAGUGAGUCCCACUGGAGUUGAGAUGAGAGUGAGUCCCACCGGAGUUGAGAUGUGAGUGAGUCCCACUGGAGUUGAGAUGAGAGUGAGGCCCACUGGAGUUGAGAUGUGAGUGAGUCCCACCGGAGUUGAGAUGUGAGUGAGGCCCACUGGAGUUGAGAUGUGAGUGAGUCCCACCGGAGUUGAGAUGUGAGUGAGUCCCACUGGAGCUGAGAUGUGAGUGAGUCCCACUGGAGUUGAGAUGUGAGUGAGGCCCACUGGAGUUGAGAUGUGAGUGAGUCCCACUGGAGUUGAGAUGUGAGCGAGGCCCACUGGAGCUGAGAUGUGAGUGAGUCCCACUGGAGUUGAGAUGUGAGUGAGUCCCACUGGAGUUGAGAUGUGAGUGAGUCCCACUGGAGUUGAGAUGUGAGCGAGGCCCACUGGAGCUGAGAUGUGAGUGAGUCCCACUGGAGUUGAGAUGUGAGUGAGGCCCACUGGAGUUGAGAUGUGAGCGAGGCCCACUGGAGUUGAGAUGUGAGUGAGGCCCACUGGAGUUGAGAUGUGAGCGAGGCCCACUGGAGUUGAGAUGUGAGGGAGGCCCACUGGAGUUGAGAUGUGAGUGAGGCCCACUGGAGUUGAGAUGUGAGUGAGUCCCACUGGAGUUGAGAUGUGAGCGAGUCCCACUGGAGUUGAGAUGUGAGUGAGGCCCACUGGAGUUGAGAUGUGAGUGAGGCCCACUGGAGUUGAGAUGUGAGUGAGGCCCACUGAAGUUGAGAUGUGAGUGAGGCCCACUGGAGUUGAGAUGUGAGUGAGGCCCACUGGAGUUGAGAUGUGAGUGAGGCCCACUGGAGUUGAGAUGUGAGUGAGGCCCACUGGAGUUGAGAUGUGAGCAAGGCCCACUGGAGAUGAGUGGAACAACUGUUUAGAAGAAAAGUGUUUAUAUUCAGUGAUUUUGUUUUUAAUUCAAAAAAAGAAACAGUUUUAUGCUCGAAUUAAAGUCAUGAAAAAAACGUGUGUUUUUUUACUCAUACACGACAUCAAUGUUCCCCGACCAAUGGGAAUCUGUUCAAAUGAAUAAUACGGGGGUACAUGUGUAUAGUGCGUGUCGUUUAUUUCUGAUUUAUUUAGUUCUUCAAAAAAUUGGCACAACAGGCAAUGACGUUAAAUAAACUUAGUUCUGUAGCUGUUCUCUCUCUUUUUUUAUCUGGAUCUGUGCACGAGCACUGGAAGUAAUGAUUCGGAAUGCAGAGCCUCUGCCUCCUAAUGCGAAACAGAAGAGCAGCGAGCGAUUGCUGCAACCAGCGUGGUCUCCUUUGCAUUCUACUCUCCGGGCAGAGAUCAGCCGUGAACCUCAAGAGUCACGCGUCCCAGCAAAUAGGACCAUCGAGUCGUGCGAACCAGCCCUCGAAACGAUUGGCUCGAUAUUCUGAAACCGCGGUGGUGAGAUGUUAACUCCCUCGCCUGGUAUUGAGGAGGUUGUGGGUUCGAUCCAACCCUGACGCCUGUUGUAUAUUUGUGGUUUGCAUGUCUCUCUCUCACCGUGGUCGCGUGGAUUUGUCACUGGGCCCUUCGGAUUUCCCCCCUCCACAUUUAGACUCAACGUGCGUCCACGUGAUAAGCCACUUCGUUGAGCUAUCAUUUGUGGCCAUCUCGCUUCUGGAAAAGAGCUAUGUAGCUCAGUUGGCCUUACCUGUAAAAAUUUUGAUUUAAAGCUUUCGUGACUGCAGGGAUUCAUCUUCUUGGUUCUUUCGGUAAAGUCACGUAGAAGGGAAGUAAUAAAAUAAUAAAAAAUAAAACACAAUAAAAUAAUUCUCACGACGUUUCGGCCACAACGCAAGCAGCCGUCCUCAGGUGAAAACCAGGUCUGUCGGGGAGACAGCGUCUGAAUGAAACAGCACACGAGCUUGGAGUAUAUAUAUAAGCUGGGUUGGAAGGGGGGGAAAGGGCGCUUCGACAAAAGAAUUUGCAUAUCAAGAGGAAUUUAGCAUAUUUAUGGGAAAUAAAACUUGUUUAGUUUCUAAAAUAAUAAUUGUUUAGCUUGUGAUUACUGUUAUGUUCAGAGCGACUGCACGGUGACGAGGAGUUGAUCAUCUUACCCGCGUUCAUCCGCACUUCACCGCUCAGAUGACCUCGCAAAACAGGGAAGGUCCCAUCUUAAUUUUUGGAGCUUUCGUGACUGCAGGAAUUAUUCUUUGGUUUUUUUUCGGUAAAGUCACGUAUAAAGAUAAAAUAAUAAAUUAAAUAAUAGCAUACUAAGAACGAUAAAAAACGAGUGUAGACAGAAAAAUUACACUAAAUAUACAGGCAGAGAGAGAACAAAAACCCAGAGAGAGAGAAAUAAAAAAGGUAAACUUGGAACUUCCCCGUAGAAGUGGUCCCGUCGUGCCGUCUCAUGGCAGCCCAAGUUGAAGAGUUAAAUCCCAUUGUACGGAGCAAUCUUCAGCAGCUCAUCCGUCCCUUAUAACGUCACUGGGUGUCCACACAUCCAGUCGCGGGCGCGUUCCAUCGCUGACGAGGAUGAAACGGCGGAGAGUGGUUGGGGUGUUCCCCCCAGAGAGACGCAAGCAUUAUUUUCCCAGAAGUCCAUCGUCCCGACUCGGGUUCCCCACCCGUAAGGUAAUUUUGCACAGAGAGUGCAUGUCCAUAUCAGAUGGCGUCCAACAAUUUCAAUUUGCGUCAUUACGUAGAACAUACGUGGCAACAACAUGCGUAAGCAGGGAAUACGUCUCGUUUAUAUAUCUGCCUCGUAAUAAGAGUGUUUCUUACACAACCCAUCAGCUCCACGGCCUCUUCUGGGAGUCCGUGAUUCCAGCAGCAUUGAUUCAGUCCAUAUUUUUGUUGUUUUUGCUUGUACCGGGAUCAGUGGUGCCGAAAGUCACGCACUUCCAGAAGGCCGUGGGGGCCGAUGGUUUGUGUUGGUGUUGGGGGAGGAGGAGAAACCCCUUAAUCUUGUUUUUAAGCGAAUGGACAGAUAUAUGAAGCGAGGCGGCGGAUCGCCUACUCGGCGCUGUUUUUGACGCCGGGGAUGCCGCGUCUUGCGAGUGCAACAACACGUGCCCCCUGUCGUCCGUAUGUCGUUAGAUUCAAAGGGCAGAGGUGGGGGCAACUCGCGUCCAGACAGGAGGAGAGAGAGAGAGGAAAUUAACCACGAGUAGCAGGCCAGGCGCCCCCCUCCUCCCCCAAGCGAAGCGACAACUGAACGCAGUUGGGGAGAAGCGUGAACGAGCAGACGUGGCCCAGCUGCUGCGUCUUGUGACGCUGACAAUUACAGCACAGGCGAUGCGACAGACGCGUGUUGUGUCCCCCCGCAGAACAAACAAAUAAACCCCUGUUUGUGUGUUUGAAAUAUAGGACUGUUGGGGAAAGUAGGCGCUGUUGGCGAGCACCUAUGAAGGCCAACGCAGCGCACGCCGGUGCGUUGUGGCCUCAGCACGAUACGUACACCGGAGUCACCCUUUGAUGUUUACACACGACAAUAGGUCCACAUUUAAGUAGACCUAGGGGAGGCCCAGGAUUGGUUCAAAUACAUAUCACUGUGAUUGGUCGUGGGUGAGAAUGGAACUCGGGCCGCUGGGUUCGUAGCGCAGUUGCGAGAACGACAACGACCGUUCUCCAGGCUCGGUGCACCUUGAGGCCACGUGAUGGGUCAAAGGGUCGCCGGCAGGAGGUCACGGGACAGACCUAGGUGUCCACUGUGCCAACACAUAUACAAAUAUCCCCUCGUAUAGCCUUAGCAGACUGUGGGGGCGAGUGAUGUGAACGAGCACACACACAUGCACAUACGCACACGAACUCUUUUAUUAAUUGUUGUACAGCAUUCUGUAUAGCAGAGCAGAAUGAGAAAGGUUUUGCAAGUGAAGUCUGUACUGUGGUCUGUUUUUUUUAUGAUUGUAAAUCUUUUGGAGGAAUGUUUGAUUAAUUCCGAGUGAAUAGUAUUUUUUUUCUUCUACAUUUUAAGCCAGAAUAUCCGUAAACGUGAUUCGUGGUGGUUAUCACCGGAAGUUUGCUCUGCCUGGGUUUGUUUGGCGAGUUUUUUUCUGGUGGGGACUAAAUAUUCAGCUCGGUCCAUUGGCGCGCUAAACAGCUGAUGUGGUAAUUCUGUUCCCUCUCUAAAAUAAAAAAGUAACCUACAACUAAAAAAAACAUUGGCACUAAAAUGUUGAGCAGAUUUCGAGCACACGAUUAAAAUCGGAGCUGCAGUGCCAUGACUUUGGAAUGGAAUAAACGAUUUCAUAAGCAUUCAUUUGUUUAAACAACCAAACUCUCUCUCUCUCGAUCGGGUUUCAAGCCCUUUGGUGGUCAUCAGCAGGAAAUGUAUUUUCAACAGCAAAUGUUGCAUGCAGGAGCGGUCCUUUCAAACCAUACAGCCCGCUCAUUAUGGCGAGCACUACGUACUAAUACAUGUUAUGCAUGUUGCUUUUAUAGAGUAUUGUCGGUAACGCCACACACACAUAUAUAACUAAUCUUACAAAAAUAAAUCUCUGCGUAAAUUACUUUUCUCCCAUCCAUCAACCAAAGGAGUCUUCUGUGACCCAAGCAUUUCAUAACGGCGCCUGCUUCAAAUCGGCAAACUCUGUGCCGAGAAUUCCAGUGUUCUCCGAAUGUCAUGGGAUUUGGCGAGCGGUGGUGGCGUGAGAUGAGCGGGCGUGCGUGCCGCAUGGCUCGCCACAGUGCCGAUUAUCUGGGCUGCUUUAAAGCGAGCCGGGAACCCCGGACCCUUGUUAGAGGGACAGCUUGCAGAGGGGUGGGUGUGGGGCUGUGGUUUCAAGCGUACGCUCCGUCGCCACUGGCUGUCUGUCAUGUGCCGACGAUGGGCCACUUCAAAGCGACUUUAUACUGGUGAAGCAUUCGCGGUUUUCAAACGUUUUGUGGUGGCGCCGUCAUUCUCCCAUUCGUGGUUGGGUCUGCUCACAAUCGAUCUUCAUUCUCCCGUUCGUGGUGGGGUCUGCCCAGUGCCCACACUCGCUCCUCCGUACCCCUACGUCCAGCCCUCCCCAUGCUUUAUUUUGGGUUUCAUACUGAGCUGCAGUGGUUUUUUCGAAAAUACCACCAGCUGUUUGCAAGCAGAGAGCUUAUGCAUAUUAUUAUUUAAUUUCAUAAUUUCCGUGUUUUUUUAUGUGUUUUUUUUAACUCUAGGGCGAGUGGCCUGCUGGCAAAUGUGCCUCGAAAUUGGAUAAAUUCUUGGUUGCAGCUGGAAUACAAUGUUCUCGUAGGGAAUUUCUCAAGGCGUGCUAUUUUCUAUACAGUGCGCAUUUAAGAUCCAAUGGCACUUUCGCAAAAUUAGAGACGACCAACGAUUACCAGAAUAUCAAUUAAAGCGCCGAAUCUGUACCCACAGUUGAAAUUGUAAAAAAAAAAUGGGUUUUAAGGAUUGCCCCGUAACGACGUUUCCUUAUCUCAGAACAGUUGUCCAACUCCUCUUGCUGGCCUUGAUGACAUCUUGAUAUUGGCCAUGCUUUCAGAUUAUCAAGGCUCGCUUCAUCUCCGCUCGUAAUAGUGGUCCGUGGCAACUGCAGCUGUCAUGAACCUCUGCUAAGUCGACUCAGCCCAAAAGGAGUGCUUUAGCUGGUACUGUGUGAUCAGCAUUGGAGAUCAAUAGCAGCCGAGGGCUCGUAUUGACCUCACCGGCCCUCUUGUGAGCAGUGGCAACUUUAAUAGGUGCUCGCUAAAAUCGCUUAAGAUAGCACGGGGCUAAAUAUAUCGCUGUGUGUGUGUGUGCGCUUGCGUAUCAUGCAAUGCAAUUAUAAUAAUACAUCAGUCAAUUUGCAAAAAUACAUCAUGAACAUCACUUAAUUCUCAUUUGCCUAUGCACAAGAUAAUUCACUGAAACCGAGCAAGCCCGUUCCUGACAUAAAUACAGGAGGUGAGCGGUGGUGGCAACGGUGGUUCAUGCACUGCGCGGUAAGCUGGGGACAUCCGAGUUCAAUUCUCCGCCACGACGAACAUCAGGGGCGAGUGACGUCUGCAAUCUGUCAUGGGUUUGCGUCCUCCACCGACCCGCACUGAGCAUCAGGAGGUGAAAUGUGGUCACACAACCCCCGUGACCGACACGGUUGCGUGAGACGUCGCUCGAGAAAGGCUAUUAUUUAAAAUGUAAAAUCGUCGUAAAAUCUGCCCCCCCCCCCCUUUCGUUUGAUAACCAGUGGUGUAAUGGCAAAACAUUGCCCAUCUUUGUCACGUGUGAAAUCCCUCGCUGCUAUGGACAAGCCUAGAACCGUAAUGAAUGUAAGGCAGAGGAA